AUUACAGCACACGAGUGUUUUUCCGCAUUUAUCGACAACAAAGAGGCCUGGUCGCGGCGACAGAGCGACAAGGGAGAGCCUGUCAUCGUCGUCGUCGUCGUCGUCGUCGUCGUCGUCAUCAUCGUCAUCAUCGUCAUUGUCAUUGUCAUCGUCAUCGUCAUCGUCAUCGUCAUCAUUGUUGUCAUCGUCGUCGUCUCGCACUCAUGGCAGAUCAUGAAGUUGUCCAGGCGAAAAGCAGCUGGAUCUGGGGAUGGUUUAGCUGGUCUGGAUCAUCUUCAACCAUGUUACGUGCUGCGGAAAAGAAGAUUCUGUCGUGUUUGAAAACAGCAUAUCGAGGAUGGUUCGUCGACAUUGGGCCGGUGGUGGGUCCGGCGGACAAGAUAUGGACUAUUUCACUGAACGAAGAAUCGCCGAAAGUACCAAUUGUUUUAUUACACGGUUUAGGAGCUGGAGUAGCAUUGUGGUGUUUAAACUUGGAUGCGCUCGCAUCCCAGAGACCAGUGUAUGCCAUCGAUUUGUUGGGAUUUGGCAGGAGUAGCAGACCUGUUUUUAAUAGUGAAGCGCAAAAAGCCGAAGAGCAGCUAGUAUGUUCUGUGGAAGAAUGGAGAAGAGAAAUGCAGCUGGAGAAUUUUGUGUUGUUAGGUCAUUCGAUGGGUGGCUUUCUUGCGGCAUCUUAUGCUAUGCGAUAUCCCGAAAGAGUGAAACAUCUUAUACUAGCCGAUCCAUGGGGCUUUCCCGAAAGACCAUCUGAUGCUGCUACAAAGGCAAAUGUACCGUUCUGGGUUAAGGCCAUAGCAUUUGCGGUGCAGCCUUUGAAUCCUCUGUGGGCAGUGAGAGUUGCUGGACCGUUCGGACAGUGGCUUAUCGAGAAGACGAGGCCUGACAUUGUAAAGAAGUUUUCUCCUCUACUAAAAGACGAUACUGCUAUAAUUUCACAAUAUAUACAUCAGUGCAACGCGCAAACACCGUCAGGUGAGAGCGCGUUUCACGCGAUGAUGCAAGGUUUUGGAUGGGCAAAAAAUCCAAUUGUUAAAAGAAUGGACAAGUUGAGUGAUGAUAUACCUAUAACAUUACUUUAUGGUAGUAGAUCAUGGGUUGACAAUUCAGCUGGUGAAACGAUUAAACAAUACAAAUCUUCGUCAUACGUUAACGUUCAGGUGAUAACUGGAGCUGGUCAUCAUGUUUAUGCAGACAAAAGUGAAACCUUCAACAAAUAUGUAUUGGAAGCGUGCGCCUUAACUGAUUCUGUACCUCAUUUAACAUCAUCGAACUUACGUUCAUAUAUUAAUACCGUUAGUGAUCAAGAAGUAAAUAUAACUUUAUCCAACGAAGCGCUUGAAGACCGAAGACCAGAGGAAAAAAAUUUAAACACGUCAGAACCGACUAAGAUUUAAUUAAAGUCUAGUUAAAAUUUAAUUAAAGUUUGGAAUAUUCUUGUAAAAUAAGAUAUUUCAGUUUUGCUAGCUGGUACAAAGAAACUAAUAUAUUGUGAUGUAAUUAAGAAUGCCCCGUGAGAUAUGUGAAAUAUUCGAAUGUACAAUUUUGUCGUAACACAUCAGCUUUAUGUAAUUUAGACGUAAUAGUGUGAAUCGACGGACACUAAUGACUGUUAAUUGCUUGACUGUAAAUAUUAAGAUUUCGUGAAAUAAGAUACACUAUUUUCUGUUUUGGAAAUUAUAUGACAAUGUAUUCUUGCAAAUACGCGAAAAAUGUUCAGAUGAACAGAAGAAUAGAAAGUGAAGAAUAAAAUGUGAUCUUGCCAUAAGUAAGAUUUAUAUAAAUUUUUAAUGGAUUAAACGCAAUCGAUUACAAGUCUAUUAUCUAGUGGUAAGAAAUUUAUGUAAAUCAAAAGGGAUCAAGUACUCGUAUAAGAUGUAAUUACAUAAAGGAGGUUUGUACAUUGUGUACAGUCUUAGCUUUACUAACAUAAAGGCCAUCAGUAGCAUUUAGCAAAGAGUGAGCAUUCUUAUUGUUAUUGUUAUUAAUUGUAUCACUUCAUAGUUGUAGCAAGAUUUUAUGUAUAUUGUACAAUACGAUUUAUUACUAAUAAAUUAUUUAUUGUACACAUAUGUACAGAAAGUCGA